AUGAUGCUCUGUCAGUGUGGGAAAGAGAACAAAAUUACAGGGAAACCAUUAAAGGAAUCAGCAGAACUGAAACCUGUGGCCAAGAAGCCUGCAGCUCAGGCCAAGGUUCCUUUUGAAAAAGGUUUUAGUCCAAUGGAUUGGGUCAAGCUUACUCGUACGCAUCCUGACCUUGCAGGAUUGAAUGGCCAGUCAAAUAGGAGGCUUAUACCUAUGAGUGAAGUCAAACAACAUCAAUCAGAAGGCACCAUGUGGACAGUUGUGCAUGGACGUGUGUAUAACAUUUCUCCAUACAUGAAAUUUCACCCUGGAGGAAGAAGCCCUAGAAUAGAAGAGAUGCCGGAGAGCGUACGGAGCAGUUUGGGACAUAGCAAAUCCACCAAGGGGUCCUCUAACAGUGAGGUUCUUCUUAGAUGGAAGUUCAAGUUUGUAUAAGCAGGUUUGAUCAAGUGAUCGUAGCUAAAGGGAGCUCAAGUGAUCGAUUAGUAUGCUAUAACGAUUUGUAAAGUUUUAAAUAACUCGCCUAGAUUAUUAAGUUGUAUUUAUUGGGAUUUUUAUAAGCCUUAACGCUCGACAGGUUGUUGAGUGUGGCAGUAAUACCUCCGAUUUAGAAGUAUGCUUCCGCAAUUUU